AUUUGGAAAUUUUUAAUUUUCCAUCUUAUUGAAGAAAAUUCCCACUGAUUCGUUGAUUUGGGAAUUGCAAACCCUAGAGGUAUCUUGGUUUCCCUAAUAUCUUGUUGCAAUCCCUUGGAGAGGCCCUGCUCGGAUAGUCAAACACAGGGCUUCUUUGGGAACAUCAUUACAAUCAAGAUCGCCCCCAUCGGUGUUCCACUUUGGGUAAUGGCGGCUCCGAGGAGUUUGGCUGUGGAUACGGGACGCUUGGCCAGAGAUGAGCAAAAGAUUCUCGAUCUACCAGACACCUAUGCAGAGGACUCUCCAACGGCCAAACGUUUCAAGGAGGGAAAAUUUACGCUUAGCUGUUGGGAAUUCGGGGCAGCUCUUGCUGUGUUCAUGUUGUGCUUGACCGGGUUGGUCUGCAUAUACCUAACAAUGCCAGCUUCAGAAUAUGGGAAGCUCAAGCUUCCUCGUAACAUUUCUGAUCUUCGGAUGCUCAAGGAACACCUAGCAACCUAUGCCGAUAUGUACCCUGCACGGUUCAUUCUCGGCCGGUGCAUCAUCCUGCUAUUUUCUUUCUAAGUUACUCGGAAGACCUAUAAUUACCUCACUAUGGCCGGAGAAGUUGAGGUUUUUCCAAUCAGAGAUAGCCAAGCGCAGGGAUAAGUUACUCAACUACAUGCUUUUUUUGAGGGUAACUCCUACACUGCCAAACCUUUUUAUCAAUUUGGCAUCUCCAAUUGUGGAUGUACCCUUUCAUAUUUUCUUUCUGGCUACUGUGAUUGGUCUAAUCCCUGCCUCAUUUAUUACUGUGAGGGCUGGCCUUGCUCUUGGGGAUUUAAGAUCAGUCAAAGAUCUCUAUGACUUCAAAACUUUGGUGGUUCUUUUCCUUAUCGGUUCUGCCAUUAUACUACCAACCCUUUUAAAGAGGAAACGGACAUAUGAAUGAAGCAAUGACUAAGUGCCAAACCAUAAAAAUUCCCCCCCACGGCAAAAGCAGAACUCUUUUACUAAUUCUACCAUUUGGACUUGAGAUGGGAAGGGUUCUCGGAGACAUUUUUUUGAUAUAGAUAGACUAGAAGUAUAACUGGUGUGGGAACAGGAAGCAUCAUACCUUUGUCGAAUGGACUGAGGUUCCAGUGUGACACUCGGAAAAGAGUAUUUAUCAGAGAUUAUAUAUGAAGAACUAUGCAGUGGAGUGGCUAGUUAAGUGAUCGUGAACUGGGGGAUAGAAUUUCAUUAACGCACUUGCAUCGGCCAGCUCCCUGCCUUGGGUGGUUGUUUUAUGAUUCAAACUUGUAAGUGAACAUGU